AUGCCGAUGAAAGAUAAUGAUGAAACUGAAAUCAUGAUAGAAGAACGAAUAGAACAGUUCCUCCAGAAUGAUAAUCUUAAUAAAGAAGACAAGAAAAAAGCAGCAUCAUUCUUUAAACAGGAAAGGACCCUGUUCACAAUCAAUAUACAAGAACUUGGAGAAAUGAACAUGAUAACCUAUCAGAUCGAGACUGCAAAUGCUAAGCUGAUAAAGCAGAGAGUGUAUAGAGCAGCACCUAGCGAGUACGAAUUCAUUAAGAAGGAACUAAAAGAAAUGGAAGAAAAGAGAUUGAUUAGAAAUACGAAGUUAAAGGGUAAAAAGGCCUGUUGGAUACUUUGUUUACAGCCAUAUGAUUAUACAAUCCAGCAUAAGUCGGGACAUACCCAUUGGAAUGCAGAUGCAUUGUCUCAAAUAAAUGGAAUGGAAAAUGAUGUCGUGGAAGUGUAUAUGGUAAUAGAAAUAAGUAACGAAGAAGAAUUAGUAACAGAAAAUGUCAAGGAACAAGCAAGCGAAAAAUGA